CCAAAAUUCAAUCCAACAUUUUAUCGGACAUUUCUUUCGUGUGAAGCAAAUGUCAUGUAAUUUUUAAUUUAAUAAGAUCAGACUUUUGAAACGAUAUAAAAUUUAUCAAAAUGAGUUUAAAGAAAAUAAAUGAAAAGAAGUUAGAAGCGUUUACGCUUGGCGCAAUGGGAAAAAGGCCACUCUCACGAAAGGAGCUCGAAGAUCAAAAAAAGCGUGAAGAAGAGGCGGCGGCAGCUCAUGCUUUCAAAGAAUUCGUUGAAACUUUUCAAGAACCACCAACCUCAACUAAAGUUUGGAUCAAGGCUGGAACUUAUGAUGCCGGUUCAAGGCGUGAAGAUAAACGAGAAAAGGGUAAACUUUAUAUUCCCGGGAAAGGAAACGACGAGAAAACAACCGCCGAACGGGCACAGGAAUAUGCCAAAAUGCUUGCAUCCGACACAAAAAAAGAUACACUUAGUCUAAAGAAAAAAUCUCAAGAAAAGAAGAAAAGUAAUUUGGAGCUUUUCAAAGAGGAACUGAGGCAAAUUCAAGAGGAACGUGAAGAGCGCCACAAAUACAAACAUAUUGCACGUCAAACCAUAGUCAAUAUUGAAACGGACAAUACGAAAGAAUCCAACGAAAUUGGUUCAUUUGAUAACGGUGAUCCAAAUACCACAAAUCUAUAUUUGGGAAACCUUAGCCCGAAAAUAUCAGAACAACAGCUAAUGGAACUCUUCGGUCGUUAUGGCCCCUUGGCUAGCAUAAAAAUAAUGUGGCCUCGUUCAGAGGAGGAGAAAUCUCGAGGAAGAAAUUGCGGAUUUGUAGCAUAUAUGAGCCGCAAAGACGCCGAACGAGCAUUAAAAACCUUACAUGGACGCGAUGUUAUGGGCUAUGAAAUGAGACUAGGCUGGGGAAAAGCUGUUCCCAUUCUGAAUCAACCGAUAUUCAUUCCCCCGACUAUGCUUGAGCUUACUUUGCCGCCACCACCAUCAGGAUUACCGUUUAAUGCACAACCGUCACCAAAUGAAACACUGUCCACACCUCCUGGAAACUAUAAAGAAUAUGCAGAUGAUGAGGAAAAGACCGAGUGCAUGAAAAAGAUUCUAUAUAAUGCCAUCGUCAAAGUAUGCAUUCCAACGGAGAAAACUGUGUUGUGCGUCAUACAUCGUAUGAUAGAGUUUGUCAUCCGAGAAGGUCCCAUGUUCGAGGCUCUGGUAAUGAGCAGAGAAAUGGAGAACCCACUGUUUAGCUUUCUGUUUGACAACGAAAGUCCAGCACACAUUUACUACCGGUGGAAGUUGUUUUCAUUGUUGCAGGGCGACUCGCCAAAUGAAUGGCGCGAAAAAGAAUUUCGUAUGUUCAAGGGUGGGCCGAUAUGGAAACCACCGUCAGCUAAUUUCUACACCCAAGGAAUGUCCGACGAACUUGUUGUAGACGAUGAAGCUCCUGAGCCGCACAAAGGUGCCUUAUCUAACGCGCAACGUGAUCGCCUUGAAGACUUAAUUCGCCACCUUACGCCAGAAAGAUCCAAAAUCGGAGAUGUGAUGAUAUUUUGCAUUGAACAUGCUGAGGCAGCAGAUGAAAUAUGCGAGUGCAUAGCGGAGUCCCUCGCCAACUCCGAUACUUUGUGCUCCAAGAAAAUCGCCAGACUUUAUCUAUUUUCCGAUUUGUUGCACAACUGCACUGUUAAGGUAUCAAAUGCGAGUUUCUUUAGAAAAGCCGUGGAAAAGCAGCUUGUAGAAGUUUUUGAAAAUUUGCACAACUAUUACACGACCAUGGACAGUCGACUGAAGGGUGAAGGGUUCAAGGCUCGUGUUCUAAAAGUCAUACGUGCAUGGGAAGAAUGGACAAUUUAUCAAAAGGAAUUUCUUUCAAAACUAAAGGCAAUAUUUCUAGGUCUACCCACGCCUAAAGAAGAAACAAAAAAAGAAGAGGAAGACCCAGAUAUUGACGGAGCACCAAUGUCGGGCGAUGAAAAGGACGACGAAGACCUAAAUGGUGUGCCAUUAGAUGGAGCAGCACUUUUAAAGGGUGCCCUAAUGCGUGCGUUACCUGAAACAAUACCAAUACAGAAAGAUGCCCCUAUUAUUCAACGUACUGAAAAUAACUGUGAAGAAGAGUACGAUGAUGAUAUCGAUGGAAUUCCAUUGGAUGACGACAUUGAUGGAAUUCCAAUUGACAAAUUUGGAGAUUCUCCGAAAAAAGGUGGUGCCUUUAUACCAUCAAAGUGGGAAACUAUUGAUCCGGAACAAGUCGAAGCUCAAGCAAUAACCACAAGUAAAUGGGAUACGUUGGAACCUCCAGCACCUCCAGAGCCACCAAAGUUUUAUGACAGUAACGACAGCUCAGAGGACGAAAAUGCAGAAACUUCAAGAGAUUUUAGCGAAGAAAAACGAACUAAACUGCGCGAGAUCGAAAUGAAGUCCAUGCAAUAUCAAGAUGAGUUAGAAAGUGGCAAACGGGAUGUUCGCCCCGGCUGGACUAUUUCGCAACAAGUAGAACACUAUCGAAAACGUUUACUCAAAAAGGCAACUCAAAUUUAUUUCAUUGUUUAUGUAUUUUUGUUAAUAUUUACUUCUUACUUAAUUUCAGGACUUACAGCGAGAAGAAUUGGACUCUCCUUCUUCAUUUUUACGCAAAGAUACUACUCGAAGAACUCCAAGUCCAAGUGGAUCAACACACUCGAAAAAGUCACGUCACGCAAAACGGUCGCCGUCGCCUCCACAACAUUCUGCACGUUCUAGUCCACCGAGAAGUAAACGACGGUCACGAUCGCCGACUUACAGUAGUAGUAAACGUGAAGCAUCGCCUUCAUCUCGCUAUUCAAAGCACCUUAAACGCAAUCGUUCCCGCAGCCUUUCAGACUCUCCCAAACGAUUUUUGGAUAGAAUUCCCUACUCUUCUAAAUCUUCCAAAUACGAAGAUAGUCCUCCACAAAGAUCCAAAAGAUCCCCGUCUUUUGGCCGCGUAUCCCCUCCUUCUUCAAGAUCGAGGCGUAGUCCUGUAAAAUCAUCUAAGCUAGAAGUUUCCCCGAAAUGCAGUAGAAGUAGAUCUCCAUCUUCCCGACACCGUAGCGAUAAACAUAAGCAUAAGCAUAAACACUGAACUCCAUCUUUCUCUCCAUAAUCCUUUCUUAGAUCGUAAUUUUAGGUGUAAUUGCUUUUUUUUGUAUAAAAGAAAACUUAAAUUCAGGACUCUUUCAUCUACAUACAUAGAAUAUAAGCUUUAAUUUAAGAAACUACAUAAAUAUGACUCAAUAAUUGUAAUUUAAAUUCGAUUAUAAUUUAUCAUUUUAACAUGAUAUACUCUCCCAAAAAUAAACGACACAAUCAUAUUUAUAAUGAAUAAACUCUCUAAUCUUC